ACAAACCCCACGGAAGGGCGUGCUUUCCCCGGCUUGAGAUUUGUCGACGUAUCAGCUGAGCACCGACCUGGCCCGAUAAGCUGCGCAAACUAUUAUCUUCCUCUACCAGUCCUGCAAUCCCUGUCUACACCCUCUCAACCGUUUCCCUGAGCCGCAAUGGAGAUAAUAUAGUCUGCCCGCCAUUCCUCCACUUUCCCCGAACUAAUUGUUGAGCGCGCGAAAUGACCGCUACAAUCCGGCAGCUCAGAAAAGCAGCCCGAAUCAUUCUCGUCGGUGCUCCUGGUGUCGGCAAAGGCACGCAAACUGAGCGGCUCCUCACCAGAUAUCCAGAGCUCGCCUCCAUUAGCUCCGGCGACCUUCUGCGCGAGAAUGUCCGCAGGAAGACCCCUCUAGGCCUUCAAGCAGAAGCCACAAUGCAGUCCGGCAACCUGGUCCCCGAUUCGAUGAUCCUCGAUCUCAUAUCCUCUGAAUUCAAAUCACGCGGCUGGCUCUCGUCAGCGCCAAGUUCAUCAAUAUCUCCCUCUGCAUCUUUCAUCUUGGACGGCUUUCCGCGCACCGCGACCCAGGCUUCAAGCCUAGAAACCAUCGUUCCCGUGAACUUCGUCGUCCAUCUCGUCACACCUCCUUCCGUCAUUCUCUCUCGGAUCGCGUCGCGCUGGGUACACGAGCCAUCCGGGAGGGUUUACAAUACCGAUUUCAAUGCGCCUAAAGUUCCCGGCAAGGAUGAUGUCACAGGGGAGCCUCUGACUCAGAGAGAAGAUGACUCGAUCGAUACGUGGAAGCAGCGAUUGCACAAGUUCGAAGAAACGAGCAAGGCAUUGCUAGAACACUACCAGCGUAAGGGCUGUCUAUGGCGUGUCGAGGGCGACACAAGCGAUGAAAUCAGUCCGAAGCUUUUUGCAGAGAUUGAGCGGCAGUUUUGCUAGAGUUUCCCCACCUGAUGGUUUCCCAACCUCACCCCCCGGUCCUAUAUACCUUCUUGUACUAUAUAUCGGUUAUAUUCUGACUCUAUGCUUGUUGGCGUCGCAUCCCUGCAGUCCUGGAAGGGCAGCAAAUGGGGACACUGCUUUUUUGUACCACUUCUUUACUCCCAGACACAGCUGGCAUCUUUUCGUGGACGAGUUAAAACCUAAUGAUUAGUCUAAC